UUCUAUUUAAAUCAUCGUUUAUGCUCCCCCUGCAUCACCGCAAUGUCUUCCCCAACCAGGAAACCCUCCCCCAAAUCCCCCAAUCCCCGCAAAAAGUUCAAAAUCACUCUCCCACCCUUCCUCCGCCACUCUGCAUCCUCCCCCAAACCAUCCCCCCUUCGCCUCAAAACCAAAACCCAACACCUCCGCCAAAUCUUCCACCUCUUCGACGCCAACCACGACGGAAAACUCUCCGCCGACGAGCUCCGUUCCAUCUUCUCAUCCGACGGCGGAUCGGAGCACUUCAAGCCGGAACAAACCUCCGCAGCGUUGGCGGGGCUCGAUAUCGACGGCGAUGGGCUAAUCGGCUUCAACGACUUCGUUGCGAUGAUGACGGCGGAGGAGGAGAGCGAGGAGGAGCUCCGGCGAGCUUUUGAGGAGUUUGAGGAGGAGAAAGGGUCGGGGAGGAUAUCGCCGGCGGGGUUGCAGAGGGUUUUUAUUCGGCGGCUGGGGGAGGAUCGGACCGUCAAGGAUUGCGAGGCGAUGAUAAAGCCGUUUGAUUUGGAUGGGGAUGGGGGUUUGGAUUUUUGGGAGUUUAAGAUCAUGAUGACCAAGUGAGGGAGAAAAUUUUGUGUACGGAAGAAGUUUGUAGAGCUGUGUAUAUCAAAGAUUAUUCGGAGGGUGUUGGGUGUUAUAUUCACGUUAUACCUUUUUAACAUCUCUAUAACUUACCUAUAAUCCCGCAAUACGCUUUGAAUAAUAUCUGAUGUAUGCAGCUCUACAAAAAUCUUACGUACGUAAAUUUUUCUCCA